AUGUCGACCCAAGCGCACACCCCGUUACCCCAAGUCGGGCAGCUGGUGAGCGUGGUUCCUGUGGGCCUCAAAGAAGCUGCUCUCGACUCGCCAACCUUUCGCGCCACGACCCACCACUUCUGUGACCAGAUAGAAUUCAUCGAGAAAUGGCUCGACGGCUACGCCCGAGCUGCGACGAAACUCUCAUCUGAGUUGGCUAGUCUGGAGAGUGUAGUCAGCAGCUUCCUUACCUACUCAAAUCACCCUCUGGUCGUCUCCGAAGCUGUGGUUGAUCAUGACUAUACACUGUUGGCCAUGAGGAGGUGUGGAGAUGGCUCGAAAGAUCUGUGGAACGGAUUGGUAGCUUCGACGAAGAAAAUGGAGGCUAUGAUUGCCGAACCCAUCCGAGUAUUCAUGAACGAGGACUUGCGGCAUUUCAAGGAUGUCCGGCGCGCUCUCGAACAAUCCCAAAAACAGUACGACUAUUUACAAUCCCGAUACUCUUCGCAGUCGAAAUCCAAAGAACCCUCGGCUUUGAGGGAAGAGGCAUUCCAGCUCCACGAAGCCCGCAAGGCCUAUCUGCGGGCGUCCAUGGACUUCUCUGUUGAGUCGCCUCAAGUCCGAAAUGCGCUCGAUCGACUCUUGGUGCGAAUUUCCUUCGAUCAAUGGCGGGAGUUUCGCAGCUUCCACAACAACAAUAGCGGCACGUUCUCGAAAUGGUCCAAUGAAAUGGAUCGGAUCAAGGGCUGGGUUCAUGAGAUGGAAGCAAGCGACAGGUCUUCCAAAAAAGAGCUUUUUUCGACUCGGAAACAAAUCGAAGAGGCUGCUGAGAUCGUGGCUAGGCCUUCUCGCGAAUUGGAGGAUUAUUCCAUUUCUACCUUUCCCUACCUCGGUUCUCGUCCUCUGUCAACAAUGAACAUGGGCAAGGAUGUCAGACCAGAAAAGCAAGGGUGGGUUUUUCUUCGAACAAUCUCCGGAAAGCCGAGCCGCACGACCUGGGUCCGCCGCUGGGCUUUCCUGAAGCACGGCAUCUUUGGCUGCCUUGUGCAAGGUGCCCGUACUGGCGGUGUCGAGGAAAGUGAGCGGAUUGGUGUGCUCUUGUGCAGUGUUCGGCCCGCUUUCCAAGAGGAGCGGCGCUUCUGUUUCCAAGUCAAGACCACGAACAACACCAUUAUGCUGCAGGCAGAGAACCAGAAGGAGCUGAUGGAAUGGAUUGGAACUUUUGAGUCUGCCAAACAGAAAGCUUUGGAGAAUCCUACCAGCACGGGUUUGUCGGUAUCUGGAAAAGUGACUGUUCAAGACCCUGCUUUCGCCAUAUCUCAACCUCCUGCCCCAGAAUUUACCGCAGACCCUAGUGAUUCGUUCACCCCGCAUCACCAUGAGGAAACGACCCCAAUCGAAAGUCGAAGCUCAACUUUGCCUGUACCGGACAACGGACUUGCCUAUCGGGCCAGUUCUGAUAUAAGCCGAAGGUUAACUGGAUUGGACAGCGAAAGCUCUGCCCGAGAGCACGCAUCUCGUCUCAAGCAGAAGCUUGACCUCCACCGGAAGUCAAACCUUGCUGCCCCCGCAUCUCCUACUGUCCCAGGCCCGGCUGGUGGUAUAGCUAGUCUCAUCUCUGCCAGUCAUAAUAUCCUUCCAUACGGUGGAAAUACACCUCUAAAUGUGAGCGAGGGAGCCGGAAGCCGAGGUCGCAGUUUGAGCAACAUUGAUGAACCUGGAGCAAAUCUUGCCCCUCCUACACUUGCCAACCCACCUGCUCCCACCAGUAUGAGUAAGGCUGCAGUUGUUGUGAAUCAGGAAAGAGGCAUUGGAUUAGGCUCUGUUGAUAGCACAGAUAGUAUGCCCAGUGGUAUGAUGGCGAAUCUCUGGGGCUCUUCAAAUUGGGGUUUUAUCAACAAGCUUCAACUGGAAAAGCAUUAUCAUACUACCAACGGAGAUCGAGACAUCUCACCAGAAGGCCGACCUCCAUCUGUCAUGAGCGAUUCCGAGAAGCAGAGUAUUGCGGCCCAGACUGAUCUACCAGAUGCGGCAAACAAGCAUACCUCAGGACCACGCCACAGACAGACAGUGAGCCUUGAUGGAGACGCAUCCAAGAUCCAACGAGCGGUGAUUGGUGCUGCCGAAUACGAAUAUCCCAGUAUCUAUCCGCAGCAAUUGCGGAUCCAGGAUUCUCAGUUCCGACUGCUUUUUCCCGAUGUUAAGAGAGAAGAACCUUUGGUCUUGGUGUUCAGGGCAACCUGGAGUCCAAAUGAUCAACAAGAGUUCCCCGGUAGAGCCUAUGUCACUACUCGGAACAUCUACUUCUACAGCCAUCACUUUGGAUUAGUUCUGACGACGAGCGUCUCCUUGGAAAGUAUCAAAGAGGUGACAGCUGCCCCCGGCAGAGAUUCUGAUUUCCUCUUCCUUCACACUAUUCCUCCCCUUGGUAGCGAUAUGCCUGGUCGAAUCACCAUCAAAACCUGGCUUGAGCCUCUUCGACUCCUUCAAAAGCGACUGAAUUUCUUGAUCCAAGGAUCAAUCGCCGUUCAACCCAUGUCCCUCGAAAACGUCCUCAAAGAACUGAUCAAGAUGGAUAUUGGCUCUCCUAGAAGGGGUGCCAGUGCCGAUAGCUGGGAGGAUAUUUCGUCGGGAGUCGAUAAUGCAGACCCAAGCCUCAUGGCCCAUGGCCGUGCCAAAGACCUGCGGGUUCCAAUCUACAUUGACAAAGAUCUUGAUCUUGACGGAAGCAAGAAUGGCCGCGGGCGGGACCUGGGGAAGUUUAGACUUCCUACCCAGCCAGUGGAGUAUGUUCCUCAAGGAGACCUUGUUUUGGCGACUGAAAAGGUGCUUAAUAUUAGUCCGAAGGCACUCUUCCAUAUCUUAUUUGGAGAUAAGAGUGCUGUUUGGCAGCUUCUGCUCCACGAACGACAGGCCAAGGACAUCAAACAAGGGCCAUGGGCUGCCACAGAGUCAAAACACCUCAGACGAGACUUCUCGUACCAGAUCGCAACGACUGACAUGUUGGGAGGAACCCAUGACAAUGCAAUCUCCGACUAUCAAAUCAUCGACGUCCUCAAUGAUCACCUAUGCUACGUGAUUACCGACAAGAGGACCCCUUGGCACCUCCCCUUCCGACGAUCCUUCCGACUGGUCAGCAAGAUCGUCAUUACUUUCGUGGCUAAGUCAAAGAGCAAGCUUGCUGUCUACACCAAAGUCGAAUGGCUGAAGGCUCCUUAUGGCCUGCAGAGUAUUAUCAACAAAAGAGCAAGGGACGACCUGGAGGAAGACGCCCUGGACCUUGUCGACCUUGUGAGCGACCAGGUGCGUCGCCUAGGAGCACAUAGCCGUACCAAGAAAGCCGUCACCAUCUUCGGCCAUGUUGGACGGCAGAGCAAUACUUCUCAUUUCAACGGCGUGGGCGUCAACGUAAAAAUUGAGCCUCGCAAGCCCCGUGUCCAGCGGACUAUGGUUCAGCUCCUCCGGGAGACUUGCUUAUCCCUUCUGGAAACCACUCUUUCGAUGGUCAUGCAGUGGAUUAUUGGUAUUGUCACUUGGUGCGUGAAGACUGUGAGCGCCCACAAGGUCAUUCUGGUCUUGUUGGUCUUUAGCGGGCUUUUGAAUAGCUUCUACUCUACGCGGGAUACAUGGGACUGGUGGCAUGAGAGACAUGCAAGCAAUUUCAUGGCAAGGCUGGGAAUUCAGCCGAACAUGGUCAUGAGCAAGGCAAUCUAUAUCCGCGACAUCGACGAGGCUGUCGCCAACACAACUAUUUGGAACACUACUGGUAACGCAAGCAACUGCUUUAGUGCUUUCCACGAGAACACGAUGCGAUACGCAGAGCUACCGCUUUCCCUCAGCGCCUCCGGGCCUCGGGACGCGAUGACCAAGAGUGCAGCGAAGCGAUUCCAGCAGACGCGUGAACGUCUCGGAUCAUAUCGACACAACCUUUUGGUUGCGCUGCGCGUUGUGAAUAGCAUCGAGAAGGAGGUCAUUCAAAACGAAUGGGAGCGCUGGCUCCGCGAAGAACUUCGACGGUGUCGUCAGGUUGAAAUCCUGCUUGGCGGCAACGCAUCUGGGAACGAUGAAGAAGCACAAGCUGCUCAGACAGCCCAGGCGGGACGUAUUUUCGCAGAGAAUGCAGAUAGCGUGAAGCAGUGGUAUGAUCGCUACUGCACAAGCUGUCUGCUGGAGCAAGACCAGAUGCUGAAGAACGACCGCGAGAACUUGCUG